UAGCACAUGUCAAAAAUGACCGCCGCCGUGCCGCCGUAUCGUGACCGCAUGAAUAUUUGAAAUUUGAAGCAUUCUCGCUGGUCCUCGCAACGAUUCUCAACAUGCCGUACACUUACACCGCCUGCUCAUGCAACCGCGUUCCUUACUGCGCCGACUGGGGCAUCAACGGGCUACUCUGUUUCGGGACGCGAAAUGCGGUUGCUAUAUACGACCCAAGCAAGCACAUCGGCCGCGUGACGCACACGCUGCACCUGCAUCGCGACCGCGUCAACACGGUGCACUGGAUAAAAAGGCCGCGGAAAGUGCACGGAUACCACGCGCGGGAAUCGGAAUUGCUGUCGGGCUCCGUGGACGGUACCGUGAUCAUCUGGAGCCAAACUUAUUCUGAUCGUUAUGACUAUGAGAGCAAGACUACGUACCUCGCGCGUACAUCGGUGUUGAAUGUAGGGAGCACAGUUGCCUUUGCCGAUUCUCUCCAAUUGUCCGACGAUAUCGAUGUCGAGUUUGGCAAGCUACUGAUAUGCACAGGUUCGAUCAACGGCGAUAUAAAACUAUGGUUGAGAGAAGAAGACGUGAAGGAUCCCAAGCACAUCCAGACUAUAGAUUUCGGAAGACAGUUACCGAUAUACUGUCGCUUGACGCAUCUGCCAGACAACAAAUGUCCUCUUUUGGCCGUAGCAUUGGAGGACGCCUCUAUUUUGCUGUAUACCACUAGAUUCGAUGCAGAUUCUAAAUUGGAACCAUCUUUUGUAAAAGUCCAGCGUUUAAUUGGACACGAAGACUGGGUAAUAUGCAUGGAUUUCACUCAGGAUGGCGAUGGAAAUCUUUUCCUUGCAACAAGCUCGAAAGACAGCACGAUACGAUUGUGGAAGAUCAGCGAAACUGUUGAAGAAUCGUCGAGCGAUGAACUUAAACUGGAAAGUAAUUGUUUUACAACGGACGAUAAACAAUAUAAUAUUACUCUGGAAUCUGUGCUCUGUGGUCACGAAAGCUGGGUUUACGGUGUGCACUGGCAGCCUGUGGAGUCAGGCUGUGGGAAAGUUAACCGUCAAACAAUGAAAUUGCUAUCCUGCUCAAUGGACAAAACUAUGAUUAUAUGGGAACCAGCUGAGAUUAUGAACGGAAUAUGGACAGAGAUGGUACGAGUCGGAGAAGUUGGUGGUAAUUCCUUGGGCUUUUAUGGCUGCAAAUUUGGCCCGGAUGGCACGAAUGGACAACAUAUAUUGGCAUAUGGUUACCAGGGCUCUUUCCAUAUCUGGAAAUGGUCUCAGGAAAGGAAUAAGUGGCUUCCACAUCCUACGCCUGGUGGACACUUCUCUGAAGUAGUUGAUUUAUGUUGGGACCCGAAAGGAAGAUUUCUCAUCACAGCCAGUGCUGACCAAACCACAAGAAUUCAUGCGCUGUGGAAAAGCGAUGAUGAGUUGCACAGAGCGUGGCACGAGAUUGCGCGUCCUCAGGUACAUGGAUACGACAUGACCUGUUUAGCUAUGUUAGCACCCCACAUAUAUGCUUCUGGAGCGGAUGAGAAGGUGGUGCGCAUUUUCACGGCCACGUUUAUGUUUAGAAAUCAAUUAUUAAAAUUGUGGGCGAAUGUCGAAGAUUUUCCAUCCAUAAAGGCCCACAGUGCUGCUGUACCCUCUCUCGGAUUAACAAACAAAGCAAUGUAUGUGGGAGAAAACGAUGAAGAUACAAAGAAUUUAGCGACGGGAAACGUAUACGAGCCGCCUACGGAAGAGGACUUGAUGCAAAAUACUCUUUGGCCAGAAACGAAUAAGCUUUACGGACAUGGCUACGAAAUAUUCUGCAUGGCAGCGAGACACGACGGAAAAUUGCUAGCUACAGCAUGCAAAUCAACCACUCAAGAACAUUCGGCAAUCUUAUUGUGGGACACCGACACCUGGUUACAAGUUCAAAAAUUGGUCUAUCAUCAAUUGACUGUGACGCAAAUGGAGUUCUCUCCAGAUGACAAAUAUUUGCUGUCUGUAUCCAGAGACAGAAGAUGGUCGUUAUUUAAAACUACAGAUGCACAUUACGAGUUAAUCGCAGCCAGUUCCAAGAAAGACAAUCCACACUCGCGGAUAAUUUGGUGCUGCGCCUGGACGCGAGACUCGAAUUAUUUCGCGACUGGAUCCAGAGACGGAAAAAUCGCUAUAUGGCCCAUAAACACGAUAGAAGAUAUUACACCAAAGAUGAUUAUAGACGUGCAAAACCAGUCAGUUACAGCGUUAUGCUUCGCGCCAAUCGUCAGGGAUCGAUCUUAUUUUCUAGCUAUCGGAUACGAGACAGGAUGCAUAGAAUUUCGAGUAGUCUGUCCAGCAGUGAAGUUAGACAAUGGACAGUCCGCUGUAUGCUCCAGAAAGGUGAAGGAGUACGAUACUUCCCAGGCUCAUCAUUUAACCGUGAAAAGACUCAUGUUUCGACCUAAGACCAAUAGCUCCUUUAUGUUUGAAUUAGCAAGCUGUAGUUCCGACCAUUCUGUUAAGAUACACUAUAUACAAGUAGAUUUAUAGAUUUCUACCUCAAUAUUGCUCUUUAUAUAAAAUUAUACGAAAAUAUCUUGUAAAAUAUAAAAAGUAAUCUCUAAAAAAGA